CGACACUGCUCAAAAAAGAAAAGAAAGAAAAUCCCUGCAAUCUAAUCUAUUCAAUGGCCGCCUAGCUUCUUCGCCACUUCAAGCGGAUAAGAUGUUAUUUGAAGGCGCCAAUUUUGUCUGAUAAGCAGAAGCGGAAGCGGAAACUGCUGCUUGACAUUCCACUUCUCAUGGAAAUGCUGCUCCUCCACCACAAUUCCCUCUUCCGCAUUCCUUCCUCCCCUAUCUUCUCCAAACCAGUUCCUUCCUUCGUAAUUCACCCCCCUCUUCUUAAGACCUCCCUUCGUCGACACCCUCGUUUUCCCGUUAACUCAGUUUCGCCGAACCCAUUUCAAUCCAGCGAAUCGAUUCCUCAAAACCCAGAAAAGCAGCAACCUAGAACUCUAUUCCCAAGUGGGUUUAAGCGGCCGGAGAUCAAAGUCCCCAGUGUGGUGCUGCAAUUGGAUGCAGCGGAGGUAUUGGGUGGUGGCGAUGCGUUGGAUUUGAUCGAUAGGGCCGUGGCCAAGUGGGUUGGGAUCGUAGUGCUCAAUAGUUGCGAAGGCGGUGGUGGGAAGCUCUACGAAGCUGCCUGUAAAUUGAAGUCGGUGGUCGGGGACCGAGCUUAUUUGUUGAUUGCCGAGCGUGUCGACAUUGCGACUGCGGUUAAUGCUAGUGGUGUUCUCCUCUCUGAUCAAGGUCUUCCUCCUAUUGUGGCCAGAAACACCAUGCUGGACUCUAUACCAGAUUCCCUGUUUCUACCUCUGGUAGCAAGGAACGUAAAAUCCUCGAUUUCUGCCGUAAAUGCAUCCAAAUCUGAAGGAGCUGAUUUUCUCUUGUACGAUGUUGGUGAAGAGAAGCAUGAUGUGACAACAAAUUCUGUGUUUAACAAUGUAAAGAUACCGAUAUUUAUACUAUUUUCCUCAUCUGGAGAGAACACAAUGUUUCACGAGGCAUUAAAAUGGCUAGAAUUGGGUGCAAGUGGCUUAGUAAUCUCUUUGCAAGGUUUGAGGCUGCUGAGCGAUGAUGUUCACAGUAAAGCAUUUGACUCUAUAUUUACAGAAAAUGGAAUAAAGGAGGACGAUUUUGAAAGUGCCAAUACCUCUGAUCUAUUGAACCUGGACAAUGGUUCUCUUGGAACGACACAAAUAGCUGGAUUUGUUAGAUUGGAGGAUAGAGAAAAACAAGUCAUAGAAACAGAGAAAUUAGUAUUGCGUCAGGCUAUAAAUAUUAUUCAGAAAGCUGCUCCACUGAUGGAGGAGGUUUCGCUUCUCACUGAUUCAGUUUCACAAAUUGAUGAGCCAUUUAUGCUGGCUAUAGUGGGUGAAUUUAACUCUGGAAAAUCAACAGUUAUUAAUGCACUUCUUGGAAGGAAAUAUUUAAAAGAUGGUGUUGUUCCUACGACUAAUGAGAUAACUUUCUUAAGGUUCUCUGAGUUAAAUUCUAGUGAACAACAACGGUGCGAACGACAUCCAGAUGGUCAAUAUAUAUGCUAUCUUCCUGCUCCCAUCCUUAACGAAAUGAACAUUGUUGAUACACCUGGAACUAAUGUGAUUCUUGAAAGGCAACAACGCCUAACGGAGGAAUUCGUGCCUCGUGCAGAUUUGCUGCUUUUUGUCAUUUCUGCAGAUCGCCCAUUGACUGAGAGUGAGGUUAAUUUUCUUCGUUACACGCAGCAGUGGAAGAAGAAAGUAGUGUUCGUGUUGAAUAAAUCUGACCUUUAUCAGAAUAGCCACGAGCUGGAGGAAGCCCUAUCCUUUGUCAAGGAAAAUGCAGCAAAAUUGUUGAAUACUGAACAUGUCUUAGUAUUUCCAGUAUCUGCAAGAUCUGCUCUGGAAGCAAAGCUUUCUGCUUCUCUGGAUAGUGGAGAAGUCUUAUCGCUCUCUAAUUCUCAUUGGAGAAGCAGUAGCUUCCACAAAAUUGAAAGUUUCUUGUAUAGCUUCUUAGAUGGGUCAACGAGUAAUGGAAAGGAAAGAAUGAAACUUAAACUCCAAACACCGGUUUCAAUUGCAGAACGACUACUUUCUGCCGCCGAAACUCUUGUGAGACAAGAUAUACGUUUUGCCAAACAGGAUUUGGCAUCAGUAAAUGAAUUGGUAGAUGAUGUAAGAAAUUAUGGAAUGAAGAUGGAAAGCGAAAGCAUCACUUGGAGAAGACAAGCUUUAUCACUGAUUGAUUCUACCCAAUCACGUAUUAUGAAGCUCAUAGAAUCCACUCUACAGUUAUCGAAUUUUGAUCUAGCUGCAUUUUACUUCUUGAAAGGGGAAAAGAAUACCACUCAAUCAGCUACCUCAAAGAUUCAAAAUGACAUUAUUUCCCCAGCACUAUCUGAUGCACAAAAACUUCUCCAAGACUAUGAAUCUUGGCUGCAAUCAGGUAAUACUCAUGAAGGAAUAGUGUACCAGGAAUCCUUGCAGAAACUUUGGCCAUCUAUUGUUUUUCCGGCUACACAGAAGCAUUUGGAKACCUWUGAGUUGCUGAAAAAAGUAGACGAUCUAAGCUUGAAAGUAGUUAAGGACUUCAGUCCAAGUGCUGCUUCCAAACUGUUUGAUCAAGAAAUUCGAGAAGCGUUUUUGGGAACGUUUGGUGGACUCGGGGCAGCAGGUUUAUCUGCUUCGCUUCUAACUUCAGUACUUCCCACCACAGCAGAAGAUCUUCUUGCUCUUGGCCUUUGUUCUGCUGGCGGGUUUUUGGCAAUUUCAAACUUUCCAAGUCGUAGGCAACAGUUGAUAGAUAAGGUGAAAAGAACAGCGGAUGCAUUUGCUCGAGAACUUGAAGCUGCUAUGCAAGAGGAUCUCAAUGAAGCAGUUAGAAAUUUGGAAACCUUUGUGAGUGUCAUAAGCAAGCCGUAUCAAGAUCAAGCACAAAAUAGGUUAGACAAACUAUUGGAGCUUCAAGACGAACUGUCCAAUAUCGGGAAAAAGAUAGAAAAGCUACGAAACGAAAUUCAAAAUCUUCACGUGUUAUGACUAAAAGAGCCAUAUUUUUGUUAGAAUUGUACCAUAUUUCAAGGGUCUCCUUUGUCUCAGACGUUAAAUGUAAUGAUGCCAUCUUCAAAGUAUAAUGUUCAUCUCCCUGAUCCUUUUUUUUUUCUGGAUUCCCUGUUAGGUAAUGGCAACAGCUCUUAGAGAGGACAGUAUUUAUUUAUUUUUUUAA